AUGGCCCAGCCAAAUGCAGAGCCAGUAGAAGAGUACGACUAUGAAGGACUGCCGCCCAAUUUUUCGUUGCUGCAGAACAUGACCGCGGGCGCUUUUGCUGGCAUAGCUGAGCAUACGGUCAUGUACCCGAUUGAUGCUAUCAAGACCCGGAUGCAGAUUCUAAACCCGACGCCCUCCGCAGUCGUCAAUGGCAUGAUACAAGGAGGCUACCGAAUAGCCACCGGGGAGGGAGUCCUCAGUUUAUGGCGUGGCAUGUCCAGUGUAGUGGUAGGAGCUGGUCCGGCACAUGCCGUCUACUUUGCUACUUAUGAAGCUGUAAAGCAUCUGAUGGGAGGUAACCAAGCAGGCGUACACCAUCCUCUGGCAGCAGUCAUCAAGCAACGAAUGCAAAUCCAUGAUUCCCAAAAGAUGUACAAAUCGAUGGCCGACUGCGCAAGAUACGUCUACCGAAGCGAAGGUUUAUCCGCGUUCUACGUCUCAUACCCCACCACGCUAUCCAUGACCGUCCCGUUCACCGCGCUGCAAUUCCUCGCCUACGAAUCGAUUUCCACGGCCAUGAACCCAACGAAGACUUAUGAUCCCUUGACACAUUGCGCUGCGGGAGGAGUAGCGGGAGGUUUUGCGGCAGCACUCACGACGCCGAUGGAUGUAGUGAAGACGAUGCUGCAGACGAGAGGAACGGCAAAUGAUCCGGAGUUGAGGAAUGUAAAUGGUUUUCUAGAGGGCUGCAGAUUACUAAAGAGGAGAGAGGGACUAAGAGGGUUCUUUAAGGGAGUAAGACCAAGAGUUGUGACCACGAUGCCGAGUACAGCAAUCUGUUGGUCGGCGUACGAGGCUUGCAAGGCUUACUUCAUCCGCCAAAACGAUUCAGUAGUCUAA